AUGAUCCGCUCCGCCGUUAGCUUGUUGGUGCUGUCGUUGCUGCUGGUUGCGGCGCACCCAGUGGACAACUCGAACUGGCACCUGGUGCCCGAUAGUUCCGGAAGGCUGCAUUUGGUCAAUACCGACCCGUACAACCUGGCAGAAGGCUCGGAGGAUGUGGCGCCUACCUUCAUCCCCGAGCAGGACAUGAUUUACCGUCUGUUCACCCGCGCUAACCCAACCACGCCGCAGAUGCUGCAGUUUGGCAAUCCGGCCUCCAUCGCAGCGUCCAACUUCAACCCGGCGCAUCCGACGCGGUUCACCAUUCACGGGUGGGGCAGCAACGGAAACGAUGGCAUGAACACGGGAAUCCGCGACCGGUACCUGGCCCUCGGGGACUUCAAUGUGAUCAGUGCGGACUGGAGUGUCGGUGCGGUCAAUCCGAACUACAUCGCCUCCCGAAACGCCGUAGGACCGGCCGGAGCAGCCGUGGCAUCGUUCAUCGGCCAACUGGAGGCGGCCGGGUCGUCACCCGACAACACGUACGUGAUCGGAUACAGUCUGGGAGCGCAUGUGGCCGCUAACGCAGGCAAGGGACAGAACGGUCGCAUCAACAGCAUUAUUGGGCUGGAUCCGGCAGGACCACUGUUUUCUCUCGGACAAUCGGACGCCCUGUCGCCAGCCGAUGGCCGGUACGUGGAAAUGAUCAUGACUAAUGCGGGGCUGCUCGGCAACAGCGCACCGAUGGGUCAGGCUACGUUCUCCCCGAAUGGUGGCCGUUCUCAGCCGGGCUGUGGAGUGGACAUUGCAGGAGGAUGCGCUCACGACAGGGCUCCGGCUUUCUUUGCCGAGUCCAUUGGUAGCAGCACUCCAUUCCGGGCGACUCGCUGUGCCGGGAUUCAUGAAAUAGAGGCAGGUAACUGCACGCCCAGUGGACCGGACGCCAAUAUGGGCGGCGAACCAUCGAACUACGGCCGAGGCGUUACUGGCGUGUUCUUCCUCACCACGAACGCUGCUUCUCCUUUUGCAAUGGGAUAA